AUGAAAAUAGAGCCGCCGCCACACCCCUCCAAGCGCCACUACCAGUACGUCCUCACCCUGGUGGCCGCUUUCACCGUAGCACUGUUCGCUGCGAUUGCCAACAAUGGAACUCACAACCCUUCUGUACAAGAAUACUACACAAGCCUCGAGUCACGCUUGGGAUACUGGCUCCUACUGGGAAAUACACGGCACUGUGGACUGUACCCAAAGGGCCAGUUGUGGCCCUUCCCGGUCGGCAAAGCACAGCGAGCUAUGGAAGAUUACCUCUUCGCACGGCUGGAUCUCAAGCCUGGAUCCCGCGUUCUAGACGCCGGUGCAGGAUCCGGAUACGUGGCCAUGCGCAUGGCGGAGAAAGGGCUGACAGUUGAAGCCGUCGAUAUCACACCGCUCCAUGUCGAGGACGCUCGUCGCAAUGUAAAGGCCCGGGGGCUCCAGGACAAUAUCUCCGUCCGACUAGGAGACUACCACAAUCUCACGGAUUUUGACGAUGGCUCUUUCGACGGGAUCUACACGAUGGAGACUUUCGUGCACGCAGACGACCCUCUGAAAGUGUUGCAGAAUUUCUAUCGCUUGCUUCGCCCCGGUGGUGUACUCGUGCAGAACGAAGCCGACUUUAACCGGAAUUCCGAGCUAUUACAGGAUGUGCUCCGCCUCUCACAUUGUCAAAACACGCUCGAGGAAGGUGUCCUGAUUGGAAUGCUGGAACAAGUUGGCUUCAAAGACGUCCAGCUGGACGAUCUUACCGACGAGGUCGCGCCGUUAUGGCGCCUGUUCGGCGUCAUUGGGUACAUCCCGUAUAGGAUCUUGCGGGUCUUUGGGUUGCACACGCGCUUCACAAACCUCAUGGCUGGGGUCGAGUCGUACCUGCAUUGGGGUGAGGGCAGGUAUAUUUCCGUUAGAGCUAUCAAGCCUUGA